AUGGUCAUCCGGGUUGCCGUCAUCUCCCUCUGCUUCCUAAACGUUGCCACAGCCCAAUGGUGGGCCGAGGCCAAGCACUUUGAGACGACCACGUUGCCAGAGCUCGGCCCGAUCUCCACGACCCCGGAGAGCAGCACAAAAUUGGAAAAGAUUUUGGCGACACAGCGGCCUGUGGAGGAGAAGACGGAUAAGGCAACUGAAGCUUCUUCUUCAUCUUCUUCCUCAUCUUCUUCUUCCACCACCGAAGGUUCAACAACUGAGAAAGUGGAGGAGAAGCCUACUGAAGCAGUCGUGGUUGCUGAGAGCACCACUGAAGCCAAACCGGAGCCAAUCACGUUGAAGCCCAUCAUCAAGGCCGAGAUCCGCGCCGUUGAAAAGAAGACUACCGUUGUGGUUGUUCCCGAAACCACGGAAGCUGCUACCGACGCGAGCACGACGUUGAAGCCGACUACGAUGGUUGCUGUUACGGAGGUGAAGAUCGAGGAGACGACGCAGAAGGAGACUGAGGCCACCACCGAAGCCGUGACUGAGGCUUCAACCACCGAGAAGGAAAAGCUCAGACUUGGUCCCGCCACGCUCGCCACCCUCAUUCCUGAAGUUCCCUCCACUGAGGCACCGGAAGCGAGCACGACCGUUGAGGUCUUCUCCAAGAUGCUCAAGCCCGACCUCGCCACCAUCUACCGCCGUCUCUUCAACCUGAAGCCGUUCAGGAACCCGGCCGCCGGCUUCCAG